ACAUAGCACGGGAUUUGGGUUUAGAUGUGAAAAGAUUAAAAUCAGGCAAAGCCCGUUUAUUUACGAGCGACAGUGCAGAAUUCAUCGAACUGGACAGAGAAAGAGGAGUCCUCCUCGUCAGGGAGAGAAUCGACAGGGAGGCCCUCUGCAGACAGACUACGCCUUGCGCUUUACAUUUGCAGAUUAUUCUGGAAAGUCCGAUGGAGCUCUUCCGAAUCACGAUCGAAAUCACCGACAUUAACGACAACAGUCCGAGUUUUAAAAAUGACGAGAGACGUUUUGAAAUCAGCGAGUCGGCUGUGACGGGAUCGAAAUUUGUGUUAGAGAGAGCGGUUGAUUUGGACAUUGGCAUAAAUGGUUUGAAAAAUUACAGUCUGAAACCCACGGACAAUUUUAUAUUGAAAACGGAAAGUCAAGCGGAUGGAAAUAAGAAGGUUGAGAUGGUUUUACACAAGCCGCUAGACAGAGAGAAAGAGGAGCGCAUAUCACUGCUGCUGAAAGCAGUGGAUGGAGGAGAUCCUCCGAUGUCUGGAACGCUGAAAAUAUAUGUAACUGUGCUCGAUGUUAAUGACAACGCUCCCGUUUUUUCACAGUCACUUUACAAGGCAGCAAUAGCGGAGAAUUCUGGGAAAGGAACAACACUAACAUCAGUGAGCGCUUCUGAUGCAGAUAAAGGGACAAACAGUGAAAUUACUUACGCUGUGUCCACUACUAUAGACAGCAUUUCUGAAAUGUUUAUGAUAAAUGAAAAAGGUGAAGUCAUUUUAGUGGGUGACAUUGAUUAUGAAAAAUCAAAAACCUAUCAAAUUGAUGUUGAAGCAAAGGACAGUGGGGGUCUUUCUGAUUCUAGUAAGGUUAUAGUUGACAUUAUUGACAUUAAUGAUAAUAAACCAAUGAUAAAUAUUAUGUCAAAAUCAGAUUCUAUUCCUGAAAACUCUAAGCAAAAUAGUAUUAUAGUUAUGUUUAAUGCCCUUGACCCGGACUCGGGUAACAAUGGUCAAGUGAAAUGCAGUUUGAGUGACAACAUUCCGUUUACAAUAACUGCUUCACAUGAGUUCUAUAGUUUAGUGACAGACAGUGAAUUAGACAGAGAGACAGCGUCAGAGUAUAACAUCACAGUGACCUGCUCUGAUGAAGGAGUCCCCUCCCUCUCCAGCAGCGUCACUCUCACCUUACAGAUCUCUGAUGUGAAUGACAACGCACCUGUCUUUGAGAGGAGCUCAUAUGAGGCCUACAUUGUAGAAAACAACACACCAGGUGUGUCUAUUUUCACUGUGAAAGCCACAGACGCUGACUGGAAGCAGAAUGCGCGUGUUUCUUACAUUCUGGAGGACUCCUAUGUGAACGGAGUGCCAGUCUCCUCAUAUGUGUCCGUCAGUGCUGACAGUGGAGUCAUCCACGCAGUGCGCUCUUUUGACUACGAGCAGAUCAAAGACUUCCGGUUCUGCGUCAAAGCGCAGGACGGAGGCUCUCCUCCACUCAGCAGCAACGUAACAGUGAAAAUCCAGAUCCAGGACCAGAACGAUAACCCGCCUCAGGUUCUGUAUCCGGUCCAGACUGCUGGCUCUGUGGUGGCUGAAAUGGUGCCUCGUUCAGCUGAUGUGGGCUACCUGGUGACUAAAGUGGUGGCUGUUGAUGUGGACUCUGGACAGAAUGCCUGGCUCUCCUAUAAACUGCAGAAAGCCACAGACAGGGCGCUGUUUGAAGUGGGCUCACAGAAUGGAGAAAUCCGAACUGUCCGCCAAGUGACUGAGAAAGAUUUGCUCAAACAAAGACUGACUGUGAUCGUGGAGGACAACGGGCAGCCCUCUCGUUCAGCUACAGUCAUUGUGAACGUGGCGGUGGCGGACAGCUUCCCUGAAGUGCUGUCGGAGUUCACUGACUUUCCACACGACAAGGACUACAAUGACAACCUGACUUUUUACUUAGUGCUGGCUCUGGCUGUGGUUUCUUUCCUCUUCAUCACGUGUUUAGUGGUCAUCAUCUCCGUCAAAAUCUACAGAUGGAGACAGUCUCGCAUCCUGUACCACUCCAGCCUCCCAGUGAUUCCAUAUUAUCCUCCACGUUACUCAGACACUUUGGGAACAGGGACUCUGCCACACACGUACAAUUACGAGGUGUGCAGAACCACUGACUCCAGAAAGAGUGACUGUAAGUUCGGCAGAGCUGGGAGUCAGAACGUGCUGAUAAUGGACCCCAGUUCUACAGGAACCAUGCAGAGGCUGCAGAGUGAGAAGAGCAUCCUGGAUGAACCAGAUUCUCCUCUGGAGGUCAUCCCAGAAGGCUUUAACAUCUCAGUGACUCUGCACAAGACAAAACAGGAAGGGCAGAAUGAUGGGUUUGAUGGCUUUAAGUUGUGGUCUUUGAACUCCGAUUGUUUCGAGGAAAAAAUGUCGGGGGGAACAAUAAGAUGGCAAGUACUGGUGUUUGCGUGGUUGUUUUCUGUCUGCUCGGUGGAUGGGCAGGUCGCUUAUUCGAUUCCUGAGGAAAUGUCCAAAGGCUCGAUAAUUGGGAACUUUGCGCAAGAUUUGGGUUUGGAUUUAAAACGAAUAAAGUCGGGAAAGGCGCGAAUUUACACGGAGGACAAUGGAGAAUAUGUCGAGCUGAAUAAAGACAAGGGACUCUUGCUUGUCAAAGAAAGGAUCGACAGAGAGGCGCUCUGCGGGCAGACUGCACCUUGCGCCAUUCAUCUCCAAAUCACGCUUGAAGACCCCAUCGAAUUUUACACGGUUACGGUUGAAAUAAAUGAUAUUAAUGAUAACGUGCCCAGCUUUAAAAAGGGUGAGAUGAAAUUCAGGAUCAGCGAGUCGGCCGUGGUCGGAGCUAAAUUCGCUCUCGAGAGAGCUAUGGAUUUGGAUGUUGGUGUCAACGGGCUGCAGAGGUACUCACUUAAACCUACCGAUAAUUUUAAUCUGAAACUAAACGAGCAAAAUGAUGGUAGUAAAAAUGUGGAGAUGGUUUUGCAAAAGGCGCUCGACAGAGAGAUGCAGCAGCAUAUCUCUUUAACCCUCACUGCCACGGACGGCGGAGAGCCUCAGCUUUCGGGGACGAUCAGAGUAGAAAUAUCUGUGCUUGAUGUUAAUGAUAACGCUCCUGUGUUUACGCAAAAAAUUUAUAAGGUUACUGUGAGUGAGACUGCACGAGCAGGAACUUUAUUAAGCACAGUGAGCGCUACAGAUGCAGACGAUGGCCCCAAUGCCAACGUGUUUUACGCAAUAACAAACACUUUAGAUGAUGUUCCUCGUUUGUUUCACAUUGAAGAAAAGAGCGGGGUGGUCUCCCUGAAGGGAAACCUGGAUUUUGAAAAGGCACAGCUCCAUGAAAUACGUGUGCAGGCCAGUGAUGAAGGAGGCUUAACAGACUCAUGUAAAAUUAUUGUUGAAGUAACUGAUACUAAUGAUAACCACCCAUCGAUUAAUAUAAUGUCAAAAACAAAUUCAAUAUCAGAAAACUCCAAAUCAGGAACUGUAAUCACUAUAUUAAACGUUCAGGAUAAUGACUUUGGUGAGAAUGGGAGAGUUACAUGUGAAAUUGGAGAGACUGUGCCAUUUUUGAUUGAAAAAACGUCCAAAAAAAUCUUUAGCUUAGUGACAGAAAGUGAAUUAGACAGAGAAACAGCGUCAGAGUAUAACAUCACAGUGACCUGCUCUGAUGAAGGAGUCCCCUCCCUCUCCAGCAGCGUCACUCUCACCUUACAGAUCUCUGAUGUGAAUGACAACGCACCUGUCUUUGAGAGGAGCUCAUAUGAGGCCUACAUUGUAGAAAACAACACACCAGGUGUGUCUAUUUUCACCGUGAAAGCCACAGACGCUGACUGGAAGCAGAAUGCGCGUGUUUCUUACAUACUGGAGGACUCCUAUGUGAACGGAGUGCCAGUCUCCUCUUAUGUGUCCGUCAGUGCUGACAGUGGAGUCAUCCACGCAGUGCGCUCUUUUGACUACGAGCAGAUCAAAGACUUCCGCUUCUGCGUCAAAGCGCAGGACGGAGGCUCUCCUCCACUCAGCAGCAACGUGACAGUGAAAAUCCAGAUCCAGGACCAAAACGAUAACCCGCCUCAGGUUCUGUAUCCGGUCCAGACUGCUGGCUCUGUGGUGGCUGAAAUGGUGCCUCGUUCAGCUGAUGUGGGCUACCUGGUGACUAAAGUGGUGGCUGUUGAUGUGGACUCUGGACAGAAUGCCUGGCUCUCCUAUAAACUGCAGAAAGCCACAGACAGGGCGCUGUUUGAAGUGGGCUCACAGAAUGGAGAAAUCCGAACUGUCCGCCAAGUGACGGAGAAAGAUUUGCUCAAACAAAGACUGACUGUGAUCGUGGAGGACAACGGGCAGCCCCCUCGUUCAGCUACAGUCAUUGUGAACGUGGCGGUGGCGGACAGCUUUCCUGAAGUGCUGUCAGAGUUUACUGACUUUCCACACGACAAGGAUUACAAUGACAACCUGACUUUUUACUUAGUGCUGGCUCUGGCUGUGGUGUCUUUCCUCUUCAUCACGUGUUUAGUGGUCAUCAUCUCCGUCAAAAUCUACAGAUGGAGACAGUCUCGCAUCCUGUAUCACUCCAGCCUCCCAGUGAUUCCAUAUUAUCCUCCACGUUACUCAGACACUUUGGGAACAGGGACUCUGCCACACACGUACAAUUACGAGGUGUGCAGGACCACUGACUCCAGAAAGAGUGACUGUAAGUUCGGCAGAGCUGGGAGUCAGAACGUGCUGAUAAUGGACCCCAGUUCUACAGGAACCAUGCAGAGGCUGCAGAGUGAGAAGAGCAUCCUGGAUGAACCAGAUUCUCCUCUGGAGGUCAGUUGUUUUGAGUUUCAAUUUGUCGGGAAAAGUGUCGGACAUUUUGUUCAGGAUUAUUUGUUUUUGUGUUGGAUUUUGCGGGGAAAACGUCGGAUCAGAACAAUGAGACGGCAAGUGCUGUUGUUUUCUGUGCUCCUUUUCUGCGGUUCUGCUUUUAGUCAAGUGAGCUAUUCAGUGCCUGAGGAAAUGCCACGUGGCUCUUUAGUUGGAAAAAUUGCUCAAGAUUUGGGUUUGGAUGUAAAACGACUGAAAUCUGGUCGUGCUCGGGUAUACUCUGGAGAAAGCGCUGAGUACGUCGAGCUCAAUAAAGAACGGGGACUCCUCCUUGUUAAAGACAGGAUGGACAGAGAGGCCAUAUGCCGACAGACGGUGCCCUGCGCGUUACAUUUUCAAAUCAUUUUGGAAAACCCCAUUGAGUUUUACAGUGUUACAGUCGAGAUAACAGAUGUUAAUGAUAAUCCCCCCACCUUUAAAACAGAGGAAGUCAGUUUUAAAAUCAGCGAGUCUGCUGUGAUCGGAGGGAGGUUCAUGCUGGACCGAGCUAUAGAUCUCGAUGUCGGUAAAAACGGUCUUCAGAAAUACGAGCUGACGCCUACGGAUAAUUUUGUCCUUAAAAGGGACAACCAGGGGGAUCGAACCGAGAAAACGGAAAUGAUUUUGCAGAAAUCUCUGGACAGAGAAAAGGAAGAAAUGAUAUCUUUAGUUUUAACUGCAUUUGAUGGAGGAGAACCGCAAAUGUCAGGCACGAUGCAGAUUUUAAUAACAGUGCUGGACAGUAAUGACAACGCCCCCGUUUUUACGCAAUCCACGUACACUGCCACCGUUACUGAAAAUUCACCUGAGGGAACUUUAGUUACCAAAGUCAGUGCAUCAGAUGCAGAUGAUGGAACAAAUGGAAGAAUAAGAUAUACAAUAACAAACAGUUUAGAUGAGGCUCACACAUUUUUUCUGAUAGAUGAAGAAAAUGGGGAGCUCAGAUUAAAAGGAGAAAUAGAUUAUGAGAUAGUACACAGUUAUCAUGUUAACAUACGUGCGAGUGAUGAUGGUGGACUCACUGAUUCAUGUAAAGUUAUAGUUGAGGUGGUGGAUAUGAAUGACAACAGACCUACUAUUGAUAUUAUGUCAAAAUCUUCUGUUAUACCUGAACAUUCUAAAACUAAUACAGUUGUAGCAAUGAUGAAUGUACAAGACCCUGAUUCAAAUGAACAUGGUAAAGUGCAAUGUAUUAUAAGCAAUGACAGCCCCCUGAGAAUCACAUUAACAUCCAAUAAUUUCUAUACUUUAGUAACAGACAGUGAAUUAGACAGAGAAACAGCGUCAGAGUAUAACAUCACAGUGACCUGCUCUGAUGAAGGAGUCCCCUCCCUCUCCAGCAGCGUCACUCUCACCUUACAGAUCUCUGAUGUGAAUGACAACGCACCUGUCUUUGAGAGGAGCUCAUAUGAGGCCUACAUUGUAGAAAACAACACACCAGGUGUGUCUAUUUUCACCGUGAAAGCCACAGACGCUGACUGGAAGCAGAAUGCGCGUGUUUCUUACAUACUGGAGGACUCCUCUGUGAACGGAGUGCCAGUCUCCUCAUAUGUGUCCGUCAGUGCUGACAGUGGAGUCAUCCACGCAGUGCGCUCUUUUGACUACGAGCAGAUCAAAGACUUCCGCUUCUGCGUCAAAGCACAGGACGGAGGUUCUCCUCCUCUCAGCAGCAACGUGACAGUGAAAAUCCAGAUCCAGGACCAGAACGAUAACCCGCCUCAGGUUCUGUAUCCGGUCCAGACUGCUGGCUCUGUGGUGGCUGAAAUGGUGCCUCGUUCAGCUGAUGUGGGCUACCUGGUGACUAAAGUGGUGGCUGUUGAUGUGGACUCUGGACAGAAUGCCUGGCUCUCCUAUAAACUGCAGAAAGCUACAGACAGGGCGCUGUUUGAAGUGGGCUCACAGAAUGGAGAAAUCCGAACGGUCCGCCAAGUGACGGAGAAAGAUUUGCUCAAACAAAGACUGACUGUGAUCGUGGAGGACAACGGGCAGCCCUCUCGUUCAGCUACAGUCAUUGUGAACGUGGCGGUGGCGGACAGCUUCCCUGAAGUGCUGUCGGAGUUCACUGACUUUCCACACGACAAGGAUUACAAUGACAACCUGACUUUUUACUUAGUGCUGGCUCUGGCUGUGGUUUCUUUCCUCUUCAUCACGUGUUUAGUGGUCAUCAUCUCCGUCAAAAUCUACAGAUGGAGACAGUCUCGCAUCCUGUACCACUCCAGCCUCCCAGUGAUUCCAUAUUAUCCUCCACGUUACUCAAACACUUUGGGCACAGGGACUCUGCCACACACGUACAAUUACGAGGUGUGCAGGACCACUGACUCCAGAAAGAGUGACUGUAAGUUUGGCAGAGCUGGGAGUCAGAACGUGCUGAUAAUGGACCCCAGUUCUACAGGAACCAUGCAGCGGAUGCAGAGUGAGAAGAGCAUCUUAGAUGAACCAGACUCUCCUCUAGAGUUGGAUUACACCCUCAGGACAAUGAGGCGGCAAGCGCUUUUACUGCUCUGCGUUUUCUCUGUCGCCUGCGUAGCGGGGCAGGUCAGCUACUCGAUUCCUGAGGAAAUGGAGAAAGGUUCGUUAGUCUGUAAUGUUGCUCAAGAUUUGGGUUUGAGUGUUGCGAGGCUCAAAUCGGGCAAAGCGCGCCUUCAUUCGGGAGACAGCUCAGAAUAUGUCGAGCUGGACACGAACAGAGGAGUCCUCCUUGUCAGAGAGAGAAUAGACAGAGAGACGCUGUGUGGAGAAACGACGCCCUGUGCUUUACAUUUACAGAUUAUUCUGGAAAAUCCAAUGGAGUUGUUUCGAAUUACAAUAGAGAUUACAGACAUAAAUGAUAACGCUCCCAGUUUUGCGUCGAGAGAAAAACGUUUUGAAAUCAGCGAGUCGGCGAUCGUGGGUUCUAAAUUUGUUCUAGAGAAAGCCGUAGAUGCAGACAUUGGCACAAAUGAUCUUCAAAGCUAUUUGUUAAAACCUACUAACAACUUUGAUUUAAAACUAGAGCAGGAAGCAGAUGGAAGUAAAAAGGUCGAAAUGAUUCUACAAAAACCUUUAGAUCGAGAGCAGGAGGAACGCAUCUCCUUAUUACUGACGGCUGUAGACGGUGGAAAACCACGUAUGUCAGGCACAAUGCAAAUAAUAGUUAACGUUUUGGAUGUGAAUGACAACGCACCUGUUUUCACCAAAUCUGUGUAUAAAGCGGCAUUAACCGAGAACUCUGGGAGAGGAACAAAAGUGAUAACCGUUAGUGCGACCGACAGAGACAAAGGCUCAAACGGAGAAAUAUCAUACACGAUUUCUAACAGCAAGAGGCGGUUAUCAGACCUCUUUCAGAUAGACAAGAAAACGGGAGAAGUCACUUUAGUCGGUGAAAUAGAUUACGAAAAAACCAAGACUUUACAAAUAGACAUUGAAGCUAUGGAUAACGGGGGACUGUCAGAUUCCAGUAAAAUAUUGGUGGACAUAAUGGAUGUUAAUGACAACAGUCCGCAGUUAAAAAUUCUCUCUAAAACAGACUCCAUUUUGGAAGACUCUCUGGGAAAUACUGUUAUUGCAAUGGUGAGUGUAAAUGAUCCUGACUCUGAAAGAAACGGACAUGUGAGAUGUAAGAUAAAUGAGGACAUUCCAUUUAAAAUACAAAACACUAUGAGUGGAAUUUACAGUUUGAUGACAGACAGUGAAUUAGACAGAGAAACAGCGUCAGAGUAUAACAUCACAGUGACCUGCUCUGAUGAAGGAGUCCCCUCCCUCUCCAGCAGCGUCACUCUCACCUUACAGAUCUCUGAUGUGAAUGACAACGCACCUGUCUUUGAGAGGAGCUCAUAUGACGCCUACAUUGUAGAAAACAACACACCAGGUGUGUCUAUUUUCACCGUGAAAGCCACAGACGCUGACUGGAAGCAGAAUGCGCAUGUUUCUUACAUUCUGGAGGACUCCUCUGUGAACGGAGUGCCAGUCUCCUCAUAUGUGUCCGUCAGUGCUGACAGUGGAGUCAUCCACGCAGUGCGCUCUUUUGACUACGAGCAGAUCAAAGACUUCCGCUUCUGCGUCAAAGCGCAGGACGGAGGCUCUCCUCCACUCAGCAGCAACGUGACAGUGAAAAUCCAGAUCCAGGACCAGAACGAUAACCCGCCUCAGGUUCUGUAUCCGGUCCAGACUGCUGGCUCUGUGGUGGCUGAAAUGGUGCCUCGUUCAGCUGAUGUGGGCUACCUGGUGACUAAAGUGGUGGCUGUUGAUGUGGACUCUGGACAGAAUGCCUGGCUCUCCUAUAAACUGCAGAAAGCCACAGACAGGGCGCUGUUUGAAGUGGGCUCACAGAAUGGAGAAAUCCGAACUGUCCGCCAAGUGACGGAGAAAGAUUUGCUCAAACAAAGACUGACUGUGAUCGUGGAGGACAACGGGCAGCCCUCUCGUUCAGCUACAGUCAUUGUGAACGUGGCGGUGGCGGACAGCUUCCCUGAAGUGCUGUCGGAGUUCACUGACUUUCCACACGACAAGGAUUACAAUGACAACCUGACUUUUUACUUAGUGCUGGCUCUGGCUGUGGUGUCUUUCCUCUUCAUCACGUGUUUAGUGGUCAUCAUCUCCGUCAAAAUCUACAGAUGGAGACAGUCUCGCAUCCUGUAUCACUCCAGCCUCCCAGUGAUUCCAUAUUAUCCUCCACGUUACUCUGACACUUUGGGCACAGGGACUCUGCCACACACGUACAAUUACGAGGUGUGCAGGACCACUGACUCCAGAAAGAGUGACUGUAAGUUCGGCAGAGCUGGGAGUCAGAACGUGAUGAUAAUGGACCCCAGUUCUACAGGAACCAUGCAGCGGCUGCAGAGUGAGAAGAGCAUCUUAGAUGAACCAGACUCUCCUCUAGAGCAAGCGGAUCUUUUUCUUUCGGUGGAUGAACCUGAUAGAACAAUGAAGCGGGAGGUACUGUCGUUUUUCUCCGUGCUCUCGCUACCUGCGGUGCUUGCUCAAAUCAGCUAUUCAAUUCCAGAGGAAAUGCCUAAAGGUUCUUUAGUCGGCAAUGUGGCCCAGGAUUUUGGUUUGGAUGUUAAACGCUUACAAGCUGGUAAAGCUCGCAUCCACACAGGAGACGACGCAGAGUACAUUCAGCUCAACAGGGAAAGGGGACUCCUCACAAUUAAAGAAAAAAUAGACCGUGAAGCUCUCUGUAAGCAAGGAACGCUUUGUGCUUUACAUUUUCAGAUAGCAUUAGAAAACCCGAUAGAAAUAAUCUCUGUAACUGUCGAGAUUACCGAUAUUAACGACAACCCCCCCAGGUUUGAAAAGGAAGAGAGGAGAUUUGAAAUCAGCGAAUCUGCGAUUGUGGGUUCUAAAUUUUUGCUUGAAAAAGCAGCGGACCUUGAUAUAGGACUUAAUGGUCUUCAGAGCUACACCCUGCAGCCCAAUGAAAAUUUUAACCUUAAGGUUCACGGUCAGUCUGAUGGGAGCAAGAAGGUGGAGAUGAUUUUACAGAAACCUCUAGACAGAGAGAAGCAGGAGUUAAUGUCGCUUUUGUUAACGGCGAUAGACGGAGGCGCGCCGCAGCGCUCUGGAACCAUGCAGAUUCAUAUUACUGUGUUAGAUGCUAAUGACAACGCUCCUGUGUUUUCACAAGCAGUUUACAAAGCUGCUGUGAAAGAAAACUCAAUGAAGGGGACACUCAUUACUAAGGUUAGCGCCUCAGACGCAGACAAAGGCUCAAAUGGACAGAUCAGUUACGUCAUCGGAAAUAGCAUGGCGGAUAAUUCAAAAUUGUUUCACGUCACUGAAGACGGUCAUGUUCUACUGAACGGACAAAUAGAUUAUGAAAUAGCCAAAAUGUAUGAAAUUGAUGUAGAGGCAGUGGACCAAGGAGGACUUUCUGAUUCAGCCAAAGUCAUAAUUGACGUAGCUGAUAUUAAUGAUAACAAUCCAGUGAUAAAUAUAAUUUCUUCAUCAAAUUCAAUAGGAGAAAAUUCCAAACCGAGCACUGUAGUAGCUAUAAUGAGCGUUAAUGACCCGGAUUCUGAGGAAAAUGGCAAAGUGCGCUGUGCAAUUAAUGAAAAAAUGCUAUUUUCAAUCAAAACUGCAUCAAAUAAUCUUUAUAGUUUAGUGACAGACAGUGAAUUAGACAGAGAGACAGCGUCAGAGUAUAACAUCACAGUGACCUGCUCUGAUGAAGGAGUCCCCUCCCUCUCCAGCAGCGUCACUCUCACCUUACAGAUCUCUGAUGUGAAUGACAACGCACCUGUCUUUGAGAGGAGCUCAUAUGAGGCCUACAUUGUAGAAAACAACACACCAGGUGUGUCUAUUUUCACCGUGAAAGCCACAGAUGCUGACUGGAAGCAGAAUGCGCGUGUUUCUUACAUACUGGAGGACUCCUCUGUGAACGGAGUGCCAGUCUCCUCAUAUGUGUCCGUCAGUGCUGACAGUGGAGUCAUCCACGCAGUGCGCUCUUUUGACUACGAGCAGAUCAAAGACUUCCGCUUCUGCGUCAAAGCGCAGGACGGAGGCUCUCCUCCACUCAGCAGCAACGUGACAGUGAAAAUCCAGAUCCAGGACCAGAACGAUAACCCGCCUCAGGUUCUGUAUCCGGUCCAGACUGCUGGCUCUGUGGUGGCUGAAAUGGUGCCUCGUUCAGCUGAUGUGGGCUACCUGGUGACUAAAGUGGUGGCUGUUGAUGUGGACUCUGGACAGAAUGCCUGGCUCUCCUAUAAACUGCAGAAAGCCACAGACAGGGCGCUGUUUGAAGUGGGCUCACAGAAUGGAGAAAUCCGAACUGUCCGCCAAGUGACGGAGAAAGAUUUGCUCAAACAAAGACUGACUGUGAUCGUGGAGGACAACGGACAUCCCUCUCGUUCAGCUACAGUCAUUGUGAACGUGGCGGUGGCGGACAGCUUCCCUGAAGUGCUGUCGGAGUUCACUGACUUUCCACACGACAAGGAUUACAAUGACAACCUGACUUUUUACUUAGUGCUGGCUCUGGCUGUGGUUUCUUUCCUCUUCAUCACGUGUUUAGUGGUCAUCAUCUCCGUCAAAAUCUACAGAUGGAGACAGUCUCGCAUCCUGUACCACUCCAGCCUCCCAGUGAUUCCAUAUUAUCCUCCACGUUACUCAGACACUUUGGGAACAGGGACUCUGCCACACACGUACAAUUACGAGGUGUGCAGGACCACUGACUCCAGAAAGAGUGACUGUAAGUUCGGCAGAGCUGGGAGUCAGAACGUGCUGAUAAUGGACCCCAGUUCUACAGGAACCAUGCAGAGGCUGCAGAGUGAGAAGAGCAUCCUGGAUGAACCAGAUUCUCCUCUGGAGGUCAGUUACUUCAGAUGACUUUGAUUUAAAAAAAAAACUUGUGAUUUUCUUCAAAUUUCAAGUCACUGGCGUUUUAUCUCCUUUACUCUCACAUCAGUACCAUGGACAGCAUCAGUGGCAUUGAGUGAACUUGUGUCAAAAGCUUUAUCGAACUACCUUUUUUUUUCUAUUUUUAAGAUUACAUUCAUUUAUGCUCUUAAUAAUGUUCAUGUAUAUUCACCAUUAGCUGUUUAGAUUU